AUGGACGACUCGCUUCGUGGCAGUGGCCUGUUCAAGGCAGACCAGGCUCUCGCAGCGCUGGUCAACGACCCAGAACGCCUCGAGCGUGAGAGAGCGCGCUUCGACCGGUCGCCGCCGGCCUACCGCUCCGAGCCCUCGGGCACCACCACACGCUCCCAGAGCACCAAUCCGCGCAGCGAGGCCCAGCUACUUCGCGACGAGCGGAAAUGGCAGCUACGGUUGGAGCACGAAGCCUCGCUGCCCUGCUGCCAGUUUAGAGAUCAGUACCUCGAGGAGCUAGACCGCCUG